AUGGCGCAAUUCAUUCCUCGGCAAACAUUUGGCCUACCAAACUCAAUUCCCAAGACAUAUUACCUAGGCCAUCAUGCUACAGCCCAAUCUGGUAUGAUCAAGAGACUGAACAAUAUACAUCUCAUCCUCGAAUGCCGCGAUCUACGUCUCCCAUUGACCACGAAUAAUCCCAUCCUCGAACAAUCCCUUGCCGGCCGCGAGCGAAUUGUUGUCUUCACAAAAUGCGACCUCACAACCAACAAACCCGAGUACGUCAACGCUCUGCGCAAGUUGUACGGCGAUCGUUUUGUGCUCUGGAAUAAAGAGAGCGAAAAAACAACAAAAGACCUCCUUAGAAAGGUCAAAGAUGUUGCGCGCGCAGUCGACUCAAUAACGGGAAUGAGGGCCAUGAUCGUAGGGAUGCCCAAUGUGGGAAAGAGUUCAUUGCUCAACACAUUACGGAGUAACGGGCUACCGCAGAAAACUAAAAAGUCAGCCAAGACUGGGGGGCAACCAGGAAUUACGCGCAAGAUCGGCACGAGCGUUCGCAUCGUGGAAACAAAAGGCAAUGAUCCGCAGAGAGGUGUUGGUGAAGGGGUAUUCAUGUUAGAUACUCCAGGUGUCUUCGUACCAUACGUCGACAACCCAGAAACCAUGAUAAAGAUUGCGCUCGUGCAAGGCAUCAAGGUUGGCCUGGUACCUUCAGAGGUUCUGGUAGACUACCUGCUCUACCGCCUCAACAAGAUCGACCCAGCCUUCUACGAGCAGUAUUCAAAGCCCACAAAUAGCGUUGAAGAAUUACUUACAUCCAUUGCUACGAAAACAGGGAAACUGAAGGCUGGGGGUUCACCAAACUUCCAUGGAGCGGCCAGCGUGUUCCUGAAAGAUUGGAGAACCGGGAAGCUGGGCAAGUUCAUGCUCGAAGAUUUAACGGACGAAGCAAUCGAGGAACAUCAACAGCGAUUGAUAAAUCCCCCACUCAGCAUGAACCAGGCUAAAAAGCAACUGAAAGAAGCACGCGCACAAGAAAGAGCGGGUGCUUAG